CAUUAUUGCAAGUCGUAAUCACAUCUAAUACCGUGUUUUUCUUGGGGAGGUGAAAUAUGGGGUGGAGAAAUAGUCAAAUCCCCAAUUCUAGUCCAUUCUAUUGAAACUAAGUGGAAGAUGCAUAUUACAUCACAAUUCAGCAGUAAGCACUGAUAAGCAAUAAACCAAAUCAUCAAAAGUACCUCCUUCUUAUCAUCAUAUUCAUCCCUUGUAUUCCCAUUAUCUGUUCAUUUCACUGAAAAUCAAAUGGCCUUCAUUGCUGAAAAGCUCAUUGAAGUAAUUGGAACUGAGAUCAUCAAAGAAAUAUGUGACAUAUGGGGUUACAAAUCUCACCUUGAACACCUCAAAGAAACUGUCUCUACCAUCAGGAAAGUUUUCCUUGACGCAGAGGCCAGACGAGAGCUUUCUAACGAAGAACGUGACUAUAUCGAAAAGCUUAAGAAUGCUGUUUAUGAUGCUGAUGAUCUAUUCGAUGAGUUCCUCACUCUUGCUGAGCUCAAGCAGCUUAAACCAUUAAGCAAAAGUAGUAAGUUCUUUGAAAAGGUGCAUUGCUUCUUUACUUCUAAGAGCCCAAUGGGUCAAGCUUAUCGAAUGUCUUGCCAAGUUAAGGGAAUCAAGAAGAGGUUGAAUGCUAUUGCUGAUAACCAUACAAAGUUUGGGUUUAAUGUUAACUAUGAUAAGCCUAUUGGUAGGAGAAGGGAAGAGACUUAUUCUUACGUCGAUGUUAAGGAUAUUGUUGGAAGAGAAAAUGAUGUGAAAGAGGUUGUAAGUAUGUUGCUAGAUAAUGAUGUGACUGAUCAAGAUUUUCGUUUCAUAAGUGUUGUGGGUGUUGGAGGGAUUGGAAAAACCGCGCUUGCUCAACUUGUGUACAAUGAUGAAAAGAUUAAAGUUGAGUUUCCGACUUUGAGGUUGUGGGUUUGUGUGUCUGAUCAGGAUGGGGAGCAGUUUGAUGUUAAGACAAUUCUUUGUAAGAUUUUAGAAUUAGUUGAUUGUCAGAAGUUUGAUGGUUCAUCCACAAUGGAAUUGGUGCAAAAUCAAUUUCAAGCGCAAUUAAAAGGAAAGAAAUACUUUCUUGUUCUUGAUGAUGUAUGGAAUGAGGAUCGUAAGAAGUGGCUUGAAUUGGAAAAAUUGUUGAUGUUGGGUCAAGAGGGAAGUAGGAUUGUGGUAACAACACGUUCAGAGAUGACAGCGACGAUUAUAGGAGAUAAGAAUGCUUAUAAGUUGGAAGGUUUGUCCCAAGAGAAUUCAUGGCAGUUGUUUGAGAUGACAGCAUUUAGCAAAGGUGAUAAAGAAGAAAAUCAUCCUGAAUUCGUUGAGAUAGGGAAGAAGAUUGUUGAAAAUUGUUAUACCAUUCCUCUUGCUUUGAAGGUGGUAGGAAGUCUUUUAUAUAGUCAGGACAUUAGUAAGUGGCAUAUGUUAGAAGAGAGUGGAUUAGCUAAAGUUAAUAAAUUUGAUGAUAAGAUUUUGUCUAUACUAAAGCUUAGUUACGACAAUCUUGAAUCAUCGUUGAAGGGUUGCUUUAGUCAUUGCGCAGUGUUUCCCAAGGAUUUCGAAAUAAAAAAGGAGAUGUUGAUUAGCCUUUGGAUGGCACACGGUUGCAUUGUACAGUCGGAUGAAGAUCAAAGAGUAGAAGAAGCUGCAGAGGAGCAAUUUUUGACUUUGUUACGCAGAUGUUUUUUUCAAGAUGUAAAGAAGGAUGAAUAUGGUUGUGUAAACUCAGUUAAAAUUCAUGAUUUGAUGCAUGAUGUUUCUCAAGAAGUGGGAAGGAAGGAACUUUCUGUCGUGAGUAGUAUUACAGAUAACAUGAUAGAUAAAACUCGUCAUAUGUCUUUCGUUGGUAAGGAAAAUGCCACGAAAAUUUCGAGAAAAUCCCACACAUUUGUUCAUCCUCAUCAGUAUCAUAAUUUUGUGCGUACACAAGUAGGAAAGUGGACAUGCCUGAGGGUGUUGGAGUUGCAACGUUUAGGGCUUGAUGGUUCACUUGAUUCAAUAGGAAAGCUGCUGCAUUUAAGGUAUCUAAAUCUCUCUGACAAUGAAUUCGAUGUACUUCCUGAUUCAAUUACGAAACUGCAUAAUCUGCAGACGUUAAUUUUAGAUUGUUGCAGUUAUCUGAAGGAGUUGCCAAUAAAUUUUAGUAGACUGAUAAAACUUAGGCACUUGGAUUUACAAUAUUGUAAAAGGUUAACUAGCAUGCCUUCAGGCAUGGAUAAGUUGACUAAUCUUAGAGUGCUACCAUUCUUUGUUGUGGGUAUGGGUAAGAUAAUUUCCAGUGAGAAACAAUAUGGUGGGGAGCUCAAAGAUUUAAAACCUCUCAUCAGCAUAAAAGGCAAACUCCACAUCAAAAUUGGUGAAAACUAUAGAAGUGUGGGGGACAUUAAUGAGAGAGGAGGGUAUUUGAAGAACACGAAACAUCUCACCGAGGUUAGGAUUGUUUUUGAUGGAGAAGUUACCGGAUGUGUCGACCAAGAAGCUGUCAUAGAAAAGAUGGAGCCACAUGUAAACCUCAAGGGAUUCAUCUUGGAAGGGUAUGAAGGUACCCAAAUUCCAAGGUGGGGAAGAGCAGAAGAUAAUUGGGCAAUGUCCCUCCCAUAUCUUGUCAAGAUCAACCUUGAGUAUUGUUGUAAUUUGGAGCAGAUGCCUUUGUUGAGUGAACUACCUUAUUUGAAAUCACUGGAGCUUGUCUUUUUGGAAAAGUUGGAGUACAUGGAGAUUAAUACAAGUACAGCAGAUGUAACAACAUUCUUCCCUUCGCUUGAAUCUCUUAAGAUUAUGUAUCUCAAAAGCUUGAAAGGCUGGUGGAGAGAGGACGACAGUGCUGCUGCUGCUGAUGAUCACACCUUGAGGAGAACACUGAGAUUUCCCCGUCUCUGUCAAUUGUCAAUCAGACACUGUCCUAAUCUGACAUCGUUUCCUGUUUGUCCGAGCCUAGAAGACUUGGAGUUUUGUGGUAACAAUGAAAAGUUGCAGAUUGUAGUAAAUACUGCUGCAGGAAAUUCACAAGAUGAUGUUAGAUUAAGGAAGGUGGUAAUAGAUAAUGUGAGUUCUCUGAACUCAAUACACUCACCAUGUCUUACUUCCCUUGACAUAAAAGACAAUAAGGAGAUGGAGAGCUUAUCAGAAGUUGAGGAAGCAUUCAAAAGUUUCGCCUCUUCCCUGCGAAGCCUUACCAUCUCGGGUUGCUGUAAUCUAAGAAGGCUUUCAGGGGGUUUGGAGUAUCUCACUACCUUGGAAUCGCUUAAAAUGUCCAGUAACAAUCAAUUGAUCAUAUCCGAAGAAGAUGAGAACGAAGAUGGCAUGCCAUGGAAAUCCCUAGAUCAAAAUCUUCGCUCCCUUGAACUUCAAGCUCUAGAAAAUAUGACGAGUCUGCCUAAGGGGAUGCAGCAUUUGACCUCACUCCAACGACUCCAGCUUUUUGGGUGUCAUAAUAUAGAAGGUCUACCAGAAUGGAUCAGCUGCUUAUCAUCUCUUCAAUCUCUGUCCGUCGAGUAUUGCAUUGCCUUUAAAUCGCUUCCGGGAUCAAUGCAGAACCUCACUUCCCUUCAGAAACUUGUAAUACAACAUUGUUGUCCAGGCCUGCAAAAGGAGAUGCAGAUAAACCAAGGAAGACUGGCUGAAAUUCAAUUCACUCCAAUAUGGUCAUAAACGUUAAGGUAUUGACUUGUUUUGUAACAAAAUGGAGUCUUGCAUUGAUCAAGGGAUAAUUACUAAACUAAUUAUUAUCUAGUAUUAGAUAAUCCACACUUAUACAUCUAGCUUUUGCCUAAUUUUCUCUCCGGAAUCAAACUUGUUCCAUUCUCUUUCA